GCCUAGAUUUGAUCCCCUGGAAUCGAAACCAUCGGAAGUUUCUACAUUUUCCACCAAAACACGCUCAGAGACCUCCUCGAAGUUUCUGGAACAAACUAAAUCGCACCGCCCCAUUCCCGUCUUUACUUCUCUUCUCCCUUUUAUAUCUUUCUCCGCCAUAAUUUCUCCACAAACAGAUUCAAAUCUCGGCGCUCGAAGCUUUGUUGUUCUGAGAAAUUAUCACCCAGUUUUCGUUCAGGCAUUUUCACAAACACCUUGCAAAUGGAAGAAGACGGUGCCGUUACAGUGUACAGUGGCAGCGCCAUUACCGACACCAAGAAGAAUCCAUUCUCAAUCAAAGUCGGGCUGGCCCAAAUGCUCCGUGGAGGAGCCAUUGCUGAGGUCACCACCGUCGACCAAGCGAAGAUCGCCGAAUCCGCCGGCGCCUGCUGCCUCGUAGUAUCAGAACCUAAAGGACCCGGAAUCUCGCGCAUGGCCGACCCAUCUCUAAUUAAAGAGAUCAAACAGGCUGUCUCAAUUCCCGUAAUGGCAAAAGCCCGGGUCGGGCAUUUUGUCGAAGCCCAGAUCCUUGAAGCUAUUGGAGCAGACUAUGUAGACGAGAGCGAGGUUUUAGCCCUAGCUGACGAAGAUCAUUUCAUCAACAAACACAAUUUCCGUGCCCCAUUCGUCUGUGGAUGUUGCGAUCUCGGAGAAGCGUUAAGAAGAGUCCGCGAAGGUGCUGCGAUGAUUAGGACCCAAGGGGAUCUAUUAGGUACAGGUAAUAUUGUGGAGACAGUUCGCAAUGUGAGGAAAGUGAUGGGAGAUAUUAGAGUUCUAUCAAACAUGGACGAAGAUGAAGUUUUCACUUUUUCGAAAAAGAUCUCCGCGCCUUAUGAUAUCGUCGCGCAAACGAAGCAGAUGGGUAGACUUCCGGUGGUACAUUUUGCAGCUGGUGGUAUUGUGACCCCAGCAGAUGCAGCGCUCAUGAUGCAGCUGGGUUGUGAUGGCGUGUUUUUGGGACCCGAUAUAUUUAACUGCUCGGAUCCUUAUAAGAAAGUAAGGGCAAUUGUGCAGGCUGUUAGGAACUAUAAUGAUCCACAUAUUUUGGCUGCGGCUAGCAGUGGUUUGGAGGAAGCAAUGGGUGGUUUGAAUUUGAACGAGAAUAGAGUUGAGCGAUUUGUUAGUGCAGAAGAGACUUAUUGAUGAGACUAUAGGUUAGCUUGUCUUAUUUGUCUGUUGUUUUAUCAUAGUAUUAUGUAUUUUUCAGUUCUGUAUUUGUGAGCAGUAUUAUCUUUCUUGGUUUACUUUUGCAAUAACAUGAUGAUGAGUUAAGCAUAGCGUGUCUUGUGCUUGUUUACAUGCUUGUGAUACCAAAAUGAAAAUGGCAACAUUGAUAAUAGUUGACUUGAAAUGAAAUGACUGACUACCACAUUGUGGAGGCA